AAAAGUGACAGCUCGGAACUGUCAGCGGUAUGCAUACCGCCGCGUUUCUGCUGCAAAUAAGCACUUUGUGACGGAUCGAAACGAGGGCUGAACCUCAUCGUCGAGCCUUCCGCUGUUUAAAAAGUUGGGACAGUCCACGAAAGAAGGACUAACGGUGUAAAACGCGGGAUAGUGCGCGAAACGGUGGGUGUGCACGCAAAAGAGAACGGCUUGCCGGCUCGGCUAGUCUACUGGAAGAUUCCAUUGUGAGUGGGCUUUCAAAAAGUUUUAUCCCCGAAAGUUCUGUGUUCCCGUGCGUUUCGUCGUUCGCCCGUUGAUGAAACUCGAAUGUCAGGCGUCCGAUGGAUUAACGAAGUCGGUGAACAGAAUCCAGACGGAAUCGAGGACGAGUUCAUUGCAAUCGGAAUUUCAGUGACGUUUCAGCGGCUUGAUCGUGAUCGUUCGUAACGAUGUAAAGAACAAUGUAACACCGUUGUCCGUGGCACACGUGCAGAAGACUGAGAGAGACCAAGUGGCAAGGGACGAAAGGAAGGGAUAAACAAUUCGGCGAAGGAAAAGCGACGUCGAUCGAUCGGUUCCUUGUAAAAAACGAAGCGCCCGAUCGAUCGGUUUCCUCUCGAAGUUUUAUUACACUACCGUUUCGCGAGAUCGAGCAACAGGAGACUAAUAUCGGAAGGUGGAACAAACAAAGGACGAAGCGGUGAUCUGAGAGAAGCUACACGGGUUAACCCUUAUAUCAUAAGCAGAUUAGAUUAAAUUAAAUUCUCAACGCUUUCGAUUUGUCGCCGGGUUUACGACCAGAUACACGCGCUUGCGUAUCGCGCAUCGACAGACCUGUACAAAAAGUGAAAGAGAAUUCGGGUGGAUAGAAGAAAGUGCAUAUAUAUAUAUGUAGAUAUAUAUAUAUAUAUACAUACAUACAUAUAUACAUACAUACGCGUACACACACAUACGCACGUAUAUAUACAUAUACGAGUAAAAUCAACGAGGGAAAGUAAGACGAGAUGUACAGAGAUCCGAACAGUUCCUCGGGAAGCGGUACCUCCACAAAGGACGACGAGGUCGAGAUCGUUAGCAGAUUUUUAGCGCCUUUGUGUGCGAGAGAUGAAACUGCCAGAAACAUCGCUCUGGCGGCGGCCAGGAACACGGUCGAGGGAUGGCUCGGAGGGGUUGGUAGUCCAAAUCACUGGGACGACACCGGUGAGAUGGAGGACUCGGAGAACGUUGGGGGAAAGUUCAAGAGCCAAGAUGGAAGAUACGACAUGAACAUCGAGCGAUCCCCGACCAAGUCGGCCCCGAAGAACGUCCAACCCUCUCUGCAGCAGCCGUUGCUUCAAGACACCUUCAGAACGGAGGGUUUCUUCCCCCAAAGCGUCACGGAGAAUCCCGUUUUCUUAGAAGACAACAGCCUCGAAUGUUCCGAGAGAUAUCCAUCGGGCUCGUUCGACUGCGUGGACGGACGACUUGGGAACGAAACGGGCUACGGUACACCGAACGAGAGGAGAAGAUACGCGACCGGCGACGUGGAGAGUUACAGGUCCGGUCACUCGACGUCGUCCGACGAGGGCAAGGGCUUCAAGAUCGACUCUCAGGACAGAUGUCUCAGGUUUAAGGACAAUUCGGAGACGCGAUUCGGAUCGAGCAGCGAGAGCGAGAGGAAGUAUCUCGGCUCGUCGUCGAACGAGAGAUUGAACGAGGUGAGCCUGGAGGAUAGGCCGAGAACGAAGAACUACGUGAAGGUGAAAGGCGCGAAGCAAAAGCAACUGGAGGACGACGAGUUGGAUUCUGACCUGAGGAUCUACGGGAAGAGCCCGAAAUUCGACGAGAACCUCGGCGCCAAUUUCGAUCGCAGGAACUUGAAUUACUGCACGAAGGGCGAUGUACUGCCGCGCGAUCACCGGCGUUACGACAGCGUGGACGACGUCUCCUUCGACGAGACGGAGAUGACGAUCAGAAAUCGGGACGGUGUAGUUUUCAAUACUCUGGAUGGCUUCGAGAACGAGAACGCCAAUGAGAUUUACCACAGACACGACGAUAAUCGCGCCGAGGACACGAAGCUGAAGAACUUCGAGAUAUACACGGACGUGGAAUCGUUGGACGACGGACGACAUCGUUGCACGCGUGCCGAAUUGCCGCAGGAUUACCUGCGCAAGAACGACGAGCGGAAGUUCAGCGCCGGGCAGAUCAAGAGACCGCUCUCUCAGGACGAAGAUGUAUCCUCGAAGAGCGGCAGGGUGUUGGAGAGUCCCGAUGUCACUCCUGGAGACGUUGGUAGGAUGCUUAAUCUGGGAAACGCUCUGGAUGGUCCGAGGCAAGCUCAGGCGAAUAAGUACUUGAGCCUGGUGUCGCUGCAUCUACCGGUGAUAUUGAGGCUCAGUGUGAACUGCCCCUUCCAGAAUGUUAGGAUUAAGUGCGCCGAAAUCCUGGAGAUGGUUAAGGACAGAGGACUUCCAGUACCAGUGCCAGCCUUCGACGGACCUAGUGCCUUCGUCCCUACGUCCGAGUUGCCGGAUCUGAACAACCUCGAUGAAAAGACUCAUAUUCUGUUGAUGGACGCGUUCCUCCAGAAUAACAGGCUGGACCAUGUCUCAAGGGUGAUGGCCUCGCAUCCUUCGUACUUGGAGCACUUCCUCCGUACCCAACAUUUCAUCCUGCGGGGUGACGGACCGCUUCCUUACGACUAUAGGCAUCUCAUCGCCAUUAUGGCUGCCGGUAGGCAUCAGUGCAGCUAUCUCAUAAAUCUGCAGAAGGGAGAGUUCAUCCUCCAAGGCGGUGAUCCAUCGUGGCUUCGAGGAUUGAAGUCAAUCCCAGGGAAACUGCAAGAUCUCUAUGAGAUCAAUAAGAUUUUAGCUCACAGGCCGUGGUUGCUGAACAAAACGCACAUCGAGAAACUGACCAAAGGCGCGGACAGUUGGUCCUUAGCCGAGGUGGUUCACGCGAUAGUUCUUCUGGCCCACUUCCACUCCCUUUCGUCUUUCGUGUUCUCCUGCGGCAUCAACGAGGAACUGGACAACGUGGCCGGCCACCAUUACAAAGAGAACAUCCAGGAUAAUAGCAAUAACGUACCAACUGCCAAAGACAAGCUUUCCAGUAGUCCGAAGAAGAUACCCAAUGGCGACGGCAAGACUGAAAACAUGCCGUCGCCGCCAUCAUCGCCGAGUAUAGUAGGCGAGCAAGAAGUCGGCGUCGAGGCGCUGAUGGAACGUAUGAAACGUCUCUCCGAGAAGUCGGAAUCCUACCAGAUCACGCAGGAGGAGCUGUCGAAAAGAUUCGAGACCGUGGAAACGCAGUCCGCCGAAUUGGCCGCGGCGCCACAGCGUAGCAGUUCCGUUCUCGAUUCUGACAUCGGCCAUUUCAUCGAGGAUCCUACGUUCAUCUAUCAAGACUUCGCCAAGCGUGGUCAACUGAACGACAUACCAACGUUCCGGGUGCAGGACUAUUCCUGGGACGAUCAUGGCUACUCGCUGGUGAAUCGCCUCUACAACGACGUCGGCAAUCUCCUCGACGAUAAGUUCAAGACAGCCUACAACCUUACCUACUACACAAUGGGCACGCACAGCAAGGUGGACACGUCCCGUUUCAGACGAGCGAUCUGGAACUACAUUCAAUGUAUGUUCGGCAUCAGGCACGACGAUUACGACUACAACGAGGUGAACCAGCUGCUCGAGCGUAGCCUGAAGACGUUUAUCAAAAGCGCCGUUUGCUAUCCGGAACGUGUGACGAAAAGGGACUACGAUCGCGUAAUGAGGGAGUUCAAACACAGCGAGAAGGUGCACGUGAACCUGAUGAUCCUGGAAGCGAGAAUGCAAGCGGAGCUGUUGUACGCGCUCCGCGCAGUGAUGCGAUAUAUGACCUAAGCGAGGCGUCGUUGCCGCUCCUUCGUCUACUUGCUGUCUGUCAGUUUGUCGUCGGUUUAUUUUAUCGCGUAACUCGCGCCACGAAUAUUCGCGAGUCGCAUUUUGCGGACUCUGCAUAGUACGGCACAGUAAGGAACGAGCGAACGCGACACCGAUUCUUACGCGGCAUGUUACGAUGCAUCUUCACACACAUACAAACACACACACAAACACACACACACACACACACAUUCAUCUACACAUACACAGAUAUACAGGCUGUAUUAUUCAUUCGUACGUAUAUACACAUAGCAGAGGAGACACAAAGAAAGCAGUUCACGUUACGAUAAACCGUACCACACGUAGAUGGAGAGUUCAACAAAAAGGAAAAAAAGAAAAAAAAAGAAAAAAAAACGUAAUAAGAAACAUGCGUGUGAAUAAAGAAGGAAAAAAAAAAAAAAAAAAAGAAGAAGAAGAAGAAGCGGAACCCCGAAAUUCGAGUGCCCAUUGUGAGGGCGACGACGUUCGUCCAGUUCGUGUCGUUUGCUCGUCGUUCGUAACUUUAAACGACCGAGAUUUCUUUGAUGAAAGUCAGUCGGUAGUAAUAGAAUCAACCGGAUAGAGAGAAAUCGCUCCGCGAGCUGCGUGCAAGAAGAGAAAGAGGAAAUUUCGAUGCGAUCGCGUCGAUACUGAUACCGACGAACGUUGAUCGGUCAUGGCGAUUUAAAAGAAAAAAAAAAAAAAAGAAAAACAACAAAAAAACAAAAUGAAAUAAACCGAUUGUCGAGUGGACGAGUUUAAAACGCUGUCGAUGGUUUCGUCUCUGAAUCGGAGGCGGGCCAUUCGAAGCGGACCUUUUGUAUUUGGCGCGCAGCCGUCUCCGCCGCGUGAACCGGAGACGCGUAUGCGUUUCUUUUUUCUGUUUGGUUUACCUUUUGGAUUUUGGACACCCCUGUUGAUGGGAGGUGAAGAGAAAACAGCAUAUACGCGCGCGCAAGAGAGAGAGAGAGAGAGAGAGAGAGAGUGAGUGAGUGAGAGAGUGAGAGAGUGAGUGAGUGAGUGAGUAAAUGAAUGAGAGAGUGUAUGUGUGAAAAAGUAGAAGGAGAAAAGAGAGAGAGAGAGAGAGAGAGAGCGCGAGAGAAAUUUAUCGUUUGUUUUGUAAAUAGACACUCGUAUUUUUCUAUGUUCGCGAAAAUAUCUUGUAGCAGACUGUUAUUUGCGCGUUUCGUUAUAGCGUUUCAGAUCUGUUGAAGCUUUUGCCCCUUUACCCAGUCCUCCUGUUUAAUAUUCCCCGCUAGAGUUGGAUAACUUUUAGGCCAUCUUUUGAACGUGUAUUGACUCCCGCUUUUAGUUUUACGCGAUCAACCCAAGUAUACGACAGCGAUUGCCACAGUGUAUGCGAUUCUUUCCUUUUUUCUCUCUCUCUUUUUUUUUUUUUUUUUUUUAAAUCCGAUUUUACGUUCCCUUUCCUUUUUUCUUUUAUAUGUUUUAUUACUAACAGACUUGUGGGAAAGAAACCCAGAAGACAAAGAGUUGUUGAAGAAAGGGGAAGGAGAGGAGCAUCGCGCGUCCGUUUUUUUUUUUUGCAAAUCAAUCAAUUGUCCGCGGUAGUUUGUACGUCAAGACGACUUGCCGAUGUAGCACCUACGAUUUAACCGUAGGGACAAAUUAAGAAGUUGUAGAGCGCUGUUUUCGUAUUCUCGUCGUCGCCUUCGUGCCGAUCCGUCGAACGCCAGUCGUUCUCGAACGGACGGUGGAACGCGACAGAGCGAAGAAAUUAAGGGAAAACACACGCAAAGAAAAGUGAGUGAAACAAUUUGUCUUUCGCGCUACGACCGCGACUCGCGCUGUACAUAUAUUAUAUACGUUUUAACUUCGUUUAUUUCACUGACUAUCGUAUAACGAGAAAGCUAUUAAUAUAGAAAUGACAGAAAAAAAAAGUGUACCUUCGUUUUCGUCGUAUCCGUGUGUGUCGAGAGUACAG